UGUUUUGUGUUUCAGUGAACAGGGUUUGAUAUAUAAGAAGAAAGCAAAAAAAAAAAAAGUUUCUUGAUCAUGAGGUUCAGUGCGGGUUUGGUGAAGGGGUUCCGUGACCCGUCGCGGAUCUGCGCCCUGGCCCACCAUCACCCCAAGGCGUGUCCUCGUGGUCCCUUAUUUUGGGGCACUCAUCGCCUGGCUUACUCCACCAAGGGGUUCCGUGACCCGUCGCGGAUCUGCGCCCUGGCCCACCAUCACCCCAAGGCGUGUCCUCGUGGUCCCUUAUUUUGGGGCACUCAUCGCCUGGCUUACUCCACCAAGACACGUCAACUGGAUGUUGCUGGGAAAGUGCUGGCAAUCAGAAGGGAAGACCAGAGUGUGUGGGAAAGAAGAGCACCUUUGGCACCUGAACACGUCCGAAAAUUGGUUAAAAAUGGUGUCAAAGUUCUGGUGCAACCAUCCAACAGAAGGGCUUAUCCGAUGCAGGCGUAUGCUAAUGCAGGAGCCCGGAUUCAGGAAGACAUUACGGAAGCUUCUGUCAUCAUUGGAGUCAAGCAAGUACCCAUCGAUGCCCUGAUUCCCAACAAAACCUAUUGCUUUUUCUCGCAUACCAUCAAAGCGCAGGAAGCGAACAUGCCCUUGUUGGACGCACUGCUGGAAAAGAACAUUAGGUUGAUCGACUACGAAAGGAUGGUGAAUGAUGAAGGUCAAAGAGUUGUUGCGUUUGGGAUUUAUGCCGGUGUAGCAGGGAUGAUCAACAUUCUGCACGGACUGGGACUGAGGUUACUUGCACUUGGCCAUCAUACUCCUUUUAUGCACAUUGGACCUGCGCAUAAUUACAGAACAACUGAAAUGGCGAAAGCCGCUGUCCGAGACGCGGGCUACGAAAUAUCCUUGGGGAACAUGCCCAAGUCCUUGGGAGUCAUGACUUUCAUCUUCANAGGAGAACACAUUGGACCUGCGCAUAAUUACAGAACAACUGAAAUGGCGAAAGCCGCUGUCCGAGACGCGGGCUACGAAAUAUCCUUGGGGAACAUGCCCAAGUCCUUGGGAGUCAUGACUUUCAUCUUCACCGGAUCCGGAAAUGUGUCUCAGGGUGCCCAGGAAGUGUUCCGGGAAUUGCCCAUUGAAAUGGUCUCACCCGAGAUUUUGCCGAAAGUCUGCUCUCAAGGCCAACCCAAUAAACUGUAUGGUUGUGAAGUGAGUCGACCGGAUCAUUACAAGAGGAAGAAUGGGGGGCGUUUUGACGCUGCGGAAUUUGCUGAGCACCCAGAGAGAUAUUAUUCAUCCUUCAGCAAAAGUAUUGCCCCUUACACCUCUGUGCUGAUCAACGGGAUUUACUGGGCAGUGGAGUCCCCGCGGUUGUUGACCAUCCCGGACGCCAAGCAACUCAGCGAGCCCGUCGUGGCGCCGUGGCUCGCGGCGUCCCCGGGAGCGCCGACGUUACCCCACCGCCUGGUCGCCAUCUGCGACAUCUCCGCGGAUCCCGGCGGCUCCAUCGAGUUCAUGACGGACUGCACCACGAUCGACAACCCGUUUUGCAUCUACGACCCCAGUCACCACACGACGCACUUCGACAGCUUCAAGGGCCCGGGUUUCCUCGUGUGCUCCAUCGACAACAUGCCGACGCAGUUGCCCCGAGAAGCCACGGACUUUUUCGGCGAGCUCUUGUUGCCGCACAUGUACAGCAUUUUGCAGUCGGAUGCCCGGAAGAGCAUGAAUGACACGCAUUUCUCGCCGGAAGUCACCUCUGCUGUGAUCACAAGCAAUGGGGAGCUAACCCCUGGAUACCAGUACAUUACUUCCCUGAGACAGAACAUAGCCCUGAAAUCAAGACAGAAGGUCAGUGGUGUGUCAAUGGCAGAACCAAGACAUAAGGUGCUGUUGCUUGGGGCAGGGUAUGUCAGUGGCCCAGUUGUGGAAUACCUGACAAGGGACAGAGGAGUCAAAGUCACAGUUGCCAGCACGUUGAAAGACGAAGCGGACUCGUUGGCCAACAGGUACCCGAACACGGUGCCCAUCUUGCUGGACGUGCAAGAAGCCUCGGAGUCCCUGAAUGCCGUUGUCAAAGAGCACGACAUCGUGGUUAGCGUACUGCCGUACCACCUGCACCCCGUGGUGGCCGAGUGCUGCAUCGAACACCGGCGAAACAUGGUCACGGCGUCUUACUGCUCGCCUGCCAUGCAAGAAUUGCACAACAAGUACAAGUUUUCCUGGAGUCCACGAGGAGUCCUGCUCAAUGCUCUCAGUGGGGCCAAAUAUGUCUUGGACGGGAAGGUCAUCGACGUGCCACCCGGAUCUCUGAUGAGCCAUGCUGAACCCGUUGGGUUCCUGCCGGGUUUUGCUCUGGAAGGAUACCCCAACAGGGACUCUCUCAUUUACAAAGACCUGUAUGGCAUUUCUGAAGCAAAGACAGUGUUGAGAGGCAGCCUGAGAUAUUCUGGCUAUUCGGAGACGAUGAACGCUUUGGUGAAGUUGGGCAUGAUCGAUUCCAAGAGUCAUCCUACUUUCCAUUCGCAAGGACCUGAGCUUUCUUGGCGCAAGUUUGUCUGUGCCCAAAUGGGGAAAAGUGAAGACACCUUUUUUGAGAAUGUCAAGAGGGACUUGGAAAAUGUGGUGGGUUCAGCCACAGCUGUGGAUGCCCUGGAACAACUUGGACUUCUUUCUGAUGACCCUGUUGUAAAAUUUGACACUCCUUUGGACACGCUUUCAAAUUAUUUGUCCAAGAGACUGAGACUGGGUGAGAAGAUCAUUCUUCAAUUGAAUGUUUUUUUUGCUCUGUAAUUUUUAAAUUGAAGAUCUGAAACUGUAAAGGCAUAAACCUGGUUUGCUAUGGUGAUGUUGGAGAGAAGGGCUACUCAGCCAUGGCCAAAACAGUUGGAUACCCUUCUGCAAUUGCCACAAAAAUGGUUCUAAACGGUG